AUGCCGAAGAGCCGGGGCGGCCGCGCCGCGCCGGGGCCGCCGCCGCCGCUGGGCCUGGCCCCGCGCUGCAGCCGCUGGCGGGCCCCGGGGCGGCUGCUGCUGCUGCUGCCCGCGCUCUGCUGCCUCCCGGGCGCCGCGCGGGCGGCGGCGGCGGCGGCGGCGGGGGCCGGGGACCGGGCGGCGCGGGCGGCCGAGGCGGAGGCGCCCUUCGCCGGGCAGAACUGGUUAAAGUCCUAUGGCUAUCUGCUGCCCUCUGACUCACGGUCAUCUGCGUUGCACUCAGGGAAGGCCUUACAGUCAGCAGUCGCCACGAUGCAGCAGUUUUACGGGAUCCCUGUCACCGGUGUGUUGGAUCAGACAACAAUCGAGUGGAUGAAGAAACCCCGGUGUGGUGUCCCAGAUCACCCGCACUUGAGCCGAAGGCGGAGACACAAGCGCUAUGCCCUGACGGGACAGAAAUGGAGGCAGAAACACAUCACCUACAGCAUUCACAACUACACCCCAAAGGUGGGUGAGCUAGACACUCGGAAAGCUAUUCGCCAGGCUUUCGAUGUGUGGCAGAAGGUGACCCCGCUGACCUUUGAAGAGGUGCCAUACCACGAGAUCAAAAGUGACCGGAAGGAGGCAGACAUCAUGAUCUUCUUUGCCUCUGGUUUCCAUGGCGACAGCUCCCCAUUUGAUGGAGAAGGGGGAUUCCUGGCUCAUGCCUACUUCCCUGGCCCAGGGAUUGGUGGAGACACUCACUUUGACUCAGACGAGCCGUGGACGUUAGGAAAUGCCAACCAUGAUGGGAACGACCUCUUCCUGGUGGCUGUGCACGAGCUGGGCCAUGCGCUGGGCCUCGAGCACUCCAACGACCCCAGCGCCAUCAUGGCGCCCUUCUACCAGUACAUGGAGACGCACAACUUCAAGCUGCCUCAGGACGAUCUCCAGGGCAUCCAGAAGAUCUACGGACCCCCGGCCGAGCCCCUGGAGCCCACCAGGCCCCUCCCCACGCUGCCGGUCCGCAGGAUCCACUCACCGUCCGAGAGGAAGCAUGAGCGCCAGCCCAGGCCCCCUCGGCCACCCCUCGGGGACCGGCCAGCCACACCAGGCGCCAAACCCAACAUCUGUGACGGCAACUUCAACACGGUGGCCCUCUUCCGGGGCGAGAUGUUUGUGUUUAAGGAUCGCUGGUUCUGGCGCCUGCGCAAUAACCGGGUGCAGGAGGGCUACCCCAUGCAGAUCGAGCAGUUCUGGAAGGGCCUGCCCGCCCGCAUAGAUGCAGCCUAUGAAAGGGCAGAUGGAAGAUUUGUCUUCUUCAAAGGUGACAAGUACUGGGUGUUUAAGGAGGUGACGGUGGAGCCCGGGUACCCCCACAGUCUGGGAGAGCUGGGCAGCUGUCUGCCCCGAGAAGGCAUUGAUACAGCUCUGCGCUGGGAACCUGUGGGCAAGACCUACUUUUUCAAAGGCGAGCGGUACUGGCGCUAUAGCGAGGAGCGGCGGGCCACCGACCCCGGCUACCCCAAGCCCAUCACCGUGUGGAAGGGCAUCCCCCAGGCUCCCCAAGGGGCCUUCAUCAGCAAGGAAGGAUAUUACACCUACUUCUACAAGGGCCGGGACUACUGGAAGUUUGACAACCAGAAGCUGAGCGUGGAACCAGGCUACCCGCGCAACAUCCUGCGGGACUGGAUGGGCUGUAACCAGAAGGAGGCGGAGCGGCGCAAGGAGCGGAGGCUGCCCCAGGACGACGUGGACAUCAUGGUGACCAUCAACGACGUGCCGGGCUCUGUCAACGCGGUGGCCGUGGUUAUUCCCUGCAUCCUGUCCCUCUGCAUCCUGGUGCUGGUCUACACCAUCUUCCAGUUCAAGAACAAGGCGGGCCCUCAGCCUGUCACCUACUAUAAGCGGCCAGUCCAGGAGUGGGUGUGA